AUGAGCUUUGCCGAAGUCAGUCUCGAGGAGAUGGAGAAACCCAAGACGGAUUUCAAUCCUUUCCCACUAUACGGGGUUUUGCGCAAUGAGAUGACAUCGAGAAACCUCACUUUCAUAAUUAACUGCGUCAGGCGCGAUUACUUCAGAUACGAGUUCGCCAUCCAAAUGGUUCUGAAAACGAUACGAAUCCCCUACCGGAUAGUUCACAUGGACAAUGUAGACUUCAAACACUUUAUUGCCGAGUUCAUCCUCCACCGACUCACGACAUCCGGGGAACAGUGGUUCGAUAUUUUCAUGCUGUGCUGGGAUGAUGGGCGAAACAGUAGUCCGGAUUCUGGGAGGCAACGACCUAUCGAUCAACUCGUAGAAAUCUUCCGAGAAAAGAACCACGAGAUGGGGAACGUCCGAUGGUUAUUCUUCACAUGGGAGGCGAUAAUGAAAUCGAUACAGAGGAUGUGUGGCGUGAUUUAUGUCGACCUAAAGCAGCGUCCCGCGAAAAUCUUCUCGGAGUCCAUCGACGAAAUUCGGAAAUGUGGCGGGAGGAUGGUGUUCUUGGACUAUAAAGGCGGACAGGAGCACCUAUUGCGGAAUCCAACUAUUGUCAAUGCGUCGAUAUUCGAGCACGAAAUCGAGUUUCAGAGGCUGGGCUACCUGACGGUUCUCUGCGAAUUCAGCUCACCGGCUCGAAAAUACUUCUGUGGCGAGCAACCACAGAGAGAGAUAUUCGAUGCCUUGAGUCGAAAAGUCAACAUCAGUUUGAGGAAAAGUGACGCUCGUCACUUCGGUAGAUGCAUCGACGAUGACAGUGACAAUAUUUUCCUGCGCGGCAAAUGCAGCGGCUUGCUCUCCGACAUGCAGAAACGUCUUUUCGAUCUGUGCGCCGUCAACAUUUAUCCAACUCAGAAUAUAUCCAUGGCGUUGGAUUUAGUGUCCUCGUACUACCGUUUCGAUCAGCUGACGUUCUUCGCGCCUCCCGCUCAGCGCAUCAUCGGCUCCUUCAGAUCAAUUCUGUUGCCAUUCCAGGACAAUGUUUGGCUGUCGAUAGCCUUGACGAUGAUCGUAACGUCGAUUUUCCUAUCAUUUAUGACAAAGCGAGCCUUCGACGCAUUCGGCCUUUUGAAUCACUUAUUCUACGUGAGCAUGAUCGCGACUGGAAGGGUUCCGACUAUUCCGGACCGUUUCUAUCAAGUCACCUACAUCGCGGUCUUGUUGGCCGCCGCAUUGUUGGCCAAUACCCUCCUGUCACAUUUCUACGCCGCGGUCCUUACGUCUUUUAGACAGCAUCCUCCAACAACACCCGUGAUCGACACUCUGACAUCUCUAGAGAAGAUAUUGAAAAACGAGCCCAGUGCUGUGAACGUCGCGGUUCUUAACGACACGAAAUACAAUGCGAUACUAAAUCCUCGAGAACCAACAGAUCUGAUGAAGCUUAUCAGGAACCACACAACAUUCUGCGAAACCAAGUCAGAGUGCGUGGAGCUCGUCCUGGAACGCAAGCAUGUUCUCCUCGCGACCGACUACAACUUGAAGACGGAGAUAGGCACCAAUCCUCACACUCAGGCCAUUAGCCGAGCUAGGGACAACAUUUUCGCUGGAAGGUACUCAUUGCCUGUACAGAAGGGGUCGCCCAUCAGCAAGCAGGUGAUGAAGCUAAAUGGUAAGCUUUUCGAGGGGGGCAUCUUCCAACGGAUCAAUGAGAAAGAAAAUUACGAGAUAAAGCCUCGUUUCGAGAAAGAGAAACCCUUGCCGCCGAACUCGAAACUGACUCUCAAGGACCUGAAAGGAUUGAUGAUAUUGUACGCAGGUACGAGUCUGAUGAGUCUAAUUUCGUUUGUUUGCGAGAAAAUAGUGCACGGAGCUUUGCGUGACUGCCGUGCGAGGGACCGACGCAUCGCUUCACUGUCAAGCCCGUGGAAGCCUCCGGAGAAGAGCCCCUGCGACGAUUACGGGAAAGUUCCGAACGGAAUCCAGUACCACUCUACGGCUGGAUAUUCCUCGACAUCCGUCCGGAAAGAAGAGACAGUAUGCCGCAAGCACAAGGCCAGAUCGCGGAGGAUUUUAUUAUUGUGCGACAAAGACGGCAACCCGCUCGAUCCGAUCUAG